AAUAUUUACAACAGUUUAUGCAAACAAAUCUCUCGCGUGCUCUUCGCCUCUCCGUGAUGCUCUCCGGGCUUAUACUUAAGCGUGUUCAAAGACCGGAUCCGGAGCUCUGUCGGGCCGCGGGUUACAACUUUGUUAACUUCGGGCUUUUGUGUGUGCAGUCGGUAACCAGGACAGUAACCGGGAAGGAGUUACUUUGUUGCGCGUUAAUUGAUUUUUUCCGCAAUCAGUUUUUGCUUCUUUGUAGGACUUCAAGUGCUCAUAAAAAGUUGUAGAAAGUUUGUCAUUAAAACCACUUUGAAUCGAGGGAAAUCGCACAUCUAGGGACCUGCCAAACCUGGCUGGGGAAGACCCUGCAUGCAACAUUUCGCCGUCUGACCGAACAAUUAUGGAUACAUGAAAGCCUUUUACGAAGUAACGCGAAGUCAACAUGUCAACGAACCCCAACCCCGAAACGCAUCAGUAUGCACCAUCCACCACGACAAGGGAACGGUCUACCAGCUCCUCGCAGCGCAACCUGAUCGAAUUCCUGUGCAUUUGCGUGGCCUGCAUCGCCUGCUAUUACAACAGCACCCAGUGUGGACUGGUGUUCGACGACAUCAGUGCGAUUAGGGACAACAAGGACCUAAGGCCUCAUACGCCGUUGCGCAACGUCUUCCUGAACGACUUCUGGGGCACGCCGAUGCGCAAGGAGCAGUCCCACAAGUCCUAUCGACCGCUCACCGUCCUGACGUUCCGCUUCAACUACUUGCUGCAUGCGCUGGAACCGUUUGGCUACCACCUCGUCAACCUGCUGCUGCACUUGUCGGUCUGCCUGCUUUGGCGUCGUGUCUGCCGGCAGCUGCUGCGCCAUUGUGCCUCGUCGGGCAGUAAUGCCACCUCGAUGUCAUCCCCAUCCUCAGCCUCCCAGCUUAACACAUGCGCGUUUGUAGCUUCGCUGCUCUUCGCCGUGCAUCCGGUUCACACGGAGGCCGUUACUGGCGUUGUCGGCCGUGCUGAAUUGCUCUCUUCCAUUUGCUUCCUAGCUGCCUUUCUCAGCUACGCGAAGUCCGUCGGCGACUCGACAUGCCCUCGCCGAACCAAUUGGCUGACGCUUUUCGCUUGCUUUGGCAGUUGUCUGCUAGCCUCCAUGCUGUGCAAGGAGCAGGGCAUCACCAUCGCCGGAAUCUGCGUGGUCUACGAGUUGUUCGUCGUUCAACAACUGCGACCGUUGCAUCUAUUCCAUUUUGUGCUGCGACUGUUCGAGGAACAAACCGAGCAGCAGUCGCCCAAAUUCACAAACCCUUCGGGAAUCCGGCGGUGGUCAUCCUCGGUUCUGUGGAAACGCCUGAUCUUCCUGGGCGGAAUCACAUUGACCCUUCUGGUGGGCCGUGUCUAUGUAAUGGGCUCCCAGUUGCCCAUCUUUACGCGGUUCGAUAAUCCAGCCUCUGCAGCAGAUACGCCAGAGAGGCAACUUACCUACGGCUACCUCAUCUACCUAAACUGCUGGCUACUGCUCUGCCCCUCGCUGCUUUGCUGUGACUGGACAAUGGGCACUGUUCCAAUGCUGCAGGGUUUUGCGGAUGUCCGCAACUUGACCACCCUGUUUACCUUCCUUGCGUUAGGAGCAUUGGUUGCAAGGGCCUGCUUCACCCGCAAUCUGGCCCAAUCGCGGACUCUAAUUAUGUGUCUCGGUUGGAUGGUGCUGCCCUUCCUUCCAGCCUCAAAUCUGUUCUUCCCCGUGGGAUUUGUUGUGGCAGAACGUAUUUUGUAUAUGCCAUCGAUGGGCUAUUGCCUACUGGUUGCGUACGGCUUUGAUCAGCUCCAGCGUCGUGGAAGCCUUAGUUGGCAACGCUUUGGACAAGCUGCUUUGGCAAUUCUUCUCCUCACGCACGCACUAAAAACGCAUCAACGCAAUUCAGACUGGCGUACGGAGUAUUCGCUUUUUAUGUCUGGCGUUCACGUUAAUCAGCGCAACGCCAAACUGUACAACAACGUCGGACACGCUUUAGAGAACGAGGGAAAGUUCGAGGAAGCAUUGCUAUACUUCCAGCAAGCCGUCCGUAUUCAGACCGAUGACAUCGGAGCCCACAUCAAUGUGGGUCGCACUUUCAACAAUCUCAAGCGGUAUGCAGAGGCAGAGCAGGCUUAUGUUCAGGCCAAGGCACUGUUUCCCCAGGCCAAGCCGGGGGUCAGCUAUCAUGCACGCAUUGCUCCUAAUCAUUUGAACGUGUUCAUCAACCUGGCGAAUCUAAUAGCUAAGAAUCAAACACGUCUAGAGGAGGCUGACCAUCUCUAUCGCCAGGCCAUUAGUAUGAGGAGUGACUAUGUUCAAGCUUAUAUCAAUCGUGGUGACAUCCUGAUGAAGCUUAAUCGCACUGCUCAAGCCCAAGAGGUGUAUGAGCAGGCCUUAUUGUAUGACAACGAGAAUGCAGAUAUAUAUUAUAAUUUGGGCGUGGUCUUCCUGGAGCAAGGAAAGAGUCAGCAGGCUCAGGUGUACUUCAACAAGGCGAUCGAACUGUACCCAGAACAUGAACAAGCAUUGCUCAACUCAGCAAUCCUGCUGCAGGAGUUGGGCGGUGAGGAGGCCCGCAAAGUCUCUCGUUCUCGUCUUUACAAAGUUUUGGCAAAGGACGAUCAGAACGAGAAGGUGUACUUCAACCUAGGCAUGUUGGCCAUGGACGAGUCUAGUUUUGAUGAGGCUGAACAGUUCUUCAAAAGGGCCAUACACCUAAAGUCGGACUUCCGUAGUGCACUAUUUAAUUUGGCUUUGUUACUGGCCGAUACAAAACGGCCCCUGGAUGCGGUUCCGUUCUUAAAUCAACUGAUCCGACAUCACGCCUCGCAUGUUAAGGGUCUGAUAUUGUUAGGGGACAUCUAUAUCAACCAUAUGAAGGAUCUGGAUGAGGCAGAGAAAUGCUAUCGAAGCAUACUGCAUUAUGAUCCGCACAACACUCAGGGCCUGCACAAUCUCUGCGUGGUGUUCGUUGAACGCAAAAAGCUGGCGAAGGCUGCAGCCUGCUUGCAAUACGCCCAGCGCUUGGCACCCGCCGAGGACUAUAUUGGUCGGCAUUUGCAAAUUGUCCAUGCACGGCUACAGAAAAUCAACAAGUUACCUGAGUCGGCGCCGGAGCGAAAGCUCGCGUACGAGGACUACGAUCCGCUUGAAUUCAAGCUUCCCCAGGAUCGACCCUUGCACAAGCCGCGUAAACGUUCGUAGCAAAAGUAAGCGCGGCUCGUAUUGCAGUUAUAAAAAAGAAGUUAUGUAAAAAGACAAGAGUUCAGUAAAGAGGGAACGAUUUCCGCAUUUUGUAAGAUAUUCAGAGUCUGAUAAAGAUAACACAAAGUGAAAAAGUGGAACAUUCCACACAAUUCCGUUGUACUUAUUAGUUAUUAUCUUAGUACUUUGAUCAUAUACUCAUUUUGAAGACAUUUAUACAAUUUUUAUGCAAUAUAACUAUUUUUUUGUACAUAGACUUAAUGAUGAUGGUUAGCAAUUUUGCAUUUACCAAAAUAACGCAAAGACGUACUAAAAUAAAUGAUAAAUAUAAAAUGAAAA